CAUGGGUCAGAGUUGAGCGUGGUGUUCAUGUAAGUUAUCAUGGUGGAUGCAUGAGGAGUUUAACCAUCAUUUUAUCUUAUAAAGGUUACGAUCACGAUGUUACCUGCACUCAGACUGAUCUUGUCUAACGGGUGUUAUACUGCAGGGAGGAGCUUUCCAAAAAUUAAACAAAUCCCUUUGACACAAUGGAUGCUGAGGAGAGGACAGACCACAGUGGUCACCAAAGGUGGAACUGCAAACAUCAGUAAAACAACUGUAUCAAUCCCUAAUGCAAGAACAGAUCGAGUGGUCGGCCGCUGGUUAGUGGGAUGCAGUGGUUUGGUUCUGGGCGCUGUCAUUCUGGGAGGUGUGACUAGGUUAACAGAGUCUGGACUUUCUAUGGUUGAUUGGCAUUUAGUAAAGGAGAUGAAGCCACCUCGCACUCAAGCAGAAUGGGAAGAUGAGUUCUCCAAAUAUAAACAGUUCCCAGAGUUUAAAAUCAUGAAUCAUGACAUGACGCUGACAGAGUUUAAGUUUAUCUUCUACAUGGAGUGGGGUCAUCGUAUGUGGGGUCGACUGGUGGGAUUAGCAUACAUUCUUCCUACUGUAUAUUUCUGGAGAAGAGGAUACUUCAACCGCUCGAUGAAAACUCGUGUUUUGGGCCUUUGUGGCUUCGUCGUGUUUCAGGGUCUUCUCGGCUGGUAUAUGGUGAAGAGUGGACUGGAGGAAAAGCCAGAAUCAUACGACGUCCCUCGUGUUAGUCAGUACAGACUGUCAGCUCAUCUGGGUUCAGCUCUUCUGCUGUAUUGUGCCAGUCUCUGGACAGGACUUACGCUCCUGCUGCCUCCUAACAAGCUUCCAGAGAGCCGGAGUUUGCUUCAGCUCAGGAGGUUUGCUAAAGGUACCGGAGCUCUGGUCUUCCUCACAGCUCUCUCAGGUGCGUUUGUGGCUGGACUGGAUGCAGGUUUAGUGUAUAACUCCUUCCCAAAAAUGGGCGAGCGCUGGAUCCCUGACGAUCUGUUGGCUUUCUCCCCAACCAUCAAAAAUGUGUUUGAAAAUCCCACAACAGUCCAGUUUGAUCACCGUUGUCUGGGCAUCUCAUCAUUGGCAGCCAUCACAGGACUUUACCUCUUCUCCAGACGGAUGUAUUUACCCAGGAGGACAAAGAUUGCCAUCGGAUGUCUCACUGCCAUGGCCUACACACAGGUGGUCCUUGGCAUCACUACACUGUUGUGUUAUGUUCCCACAUCGCUGGCGGCCACACAUCAGUCUGGAUCCGUGGCGCUCCUCACUUUGGCCAUCUUUGUUUUGGCUGAGCUGCGUAAAGUGGUCAAGUAGUUAAAAUGAGGUUAUUGGAAUGUGUAUAUUUCAUUAAAUUAUUCUUUAAGUGCAUCAUUUGAUCAUGACAUCACGUUGUUGUAUGUAUGGGUGUAUAUGACAGACCCAGCCCACUGUCAUUGUGAAAAACAUGUUUUAUUUGUGCAAAUUUUGUAACUAUAUGAAAAUAAUCAUUUGCUUAACAUUCAUCCUGAAUUCACUGAUCAGAAUAAAUCACACAUGAAGUUUUAAUGCUGCAUUUCAUUUAAUCAAGUUCUAACAGAUGAGUCACAUGAGCACUUUUCCUAAAUGUCCAUGUGCUGAAAAAAGAAAAUUGAUAACUUGAUAUAACGUCAUCUAUCUGGAAUUAAGAAGGCUGGUCAAAAACACAAUUAUGACCAUUAUUCAUACCACACUCACUUGUCAAUCAUAAAAUUGUGGCUCAUCCAGUAAUGAACUAUGAUUUGGGUAAGUAUUUUAACAUAAGGCGCUGCUAUUAGUUUAGUAAUCAACAUUCAAAAGGAAAAUAUGUUGGCAAAUAUUAAUUAAGGAUUUAGCUGUCUUUCAUAGUAGAAUUGUAAAGUCCUUUUAAAGGCACCAGAAAUAAAUGAUAAAUCCUGAGAAGACAAAAAGUGCUGAGAUAUUAAACAUAUUCCUGCAGUUGUUAAUGAAAUACUGUAAUAUCUGUAAUAAAAUGUUUCAUAAAGUAAAGAGGUUUGUUCAAAUCA